AUAAAACUUGAGCGCGAGAUAUAAACUUAUAGUUUCUCGAGAGUCGAGACCGAGAUUUUUAAUAGAGGUUGCCCAGGUUGCCGGUCAAGGAUCAAGUUCACGUAUCCGCGAUGAGCGCCAAGUAUUCUCCGCAAAAUCAUACUUUGGAUUACAAACGAAACCAACGACAAGAAAUGCUAGUCGCCCCACCGUUGGAUUUAUCGUUUAAAAAGGCCACCACCAUGGACGAAUUGAUGGAGAAACGUGCACAAGUAAUACGCACUGGAAAAGCCCCAGUAAGAACGAUCAAGGACCGUUAUGUAACCAGUACGUUGUGGCUGAGCAACAACCUACUGAGCUCGAUGGAAGGUCUUGGACGUCUCGUGGCAAGAGUUCUCGAUGAUCCUGCGUCGCUCAGUUGGUUGGAUUUAUCUUUCAACGAGAUAAAUGAAAUUGGAAAAGACAUGGAGACGUUUAUAAACCUGAAAAUUCUCUAUUUGCAUGGCAAUAAAAUAGCAAAUAUCGCAGAUGUUCUAAAGCUCAGCAAGUUACAAAAUCUCAGGUCGCUGACGUUACACGGUAAUCCGAUCGAAGACGUCCCUUGCUACAGGGGUUACAUCGUACAUCUUCUCCCACAGUUACUGGUCUUGGAUUUUUCGCCAGUGAUCGCUACUGAAAAGAAAAAGGCACUACCCGUAGGAUUUUUUAAGACGAUACAAUCUGGGAUACGAAUAUAAAAUUUUAUUUUUCUAUCCUUGCAUACUUUUGAUAUACACUUGACCUUAUCAUCUUUUUUUUUUAUUUCUGUACCUUUCUCGUAACAUUGUAUCAUAUGUUACAUAAGGCAGAUUUGAGGUAUGGCGGCUUUACGAAAUGUAGUUGCAUAUCAAAACAACAUUCUCCUAAGAACGAUACACAUUUGCGUGUUGAAAUUUAAUUUUGUAGUAAAUAAUGACAAGCACGUAAUAAGAUGAUAAAGAUGCUUGUACGUUCUAAAAGUGGACGUAUAAACCCUCGUGUAUGUACAACGGCGCUGCUUGUGACGUGUAUCGUCGCCCCUUAUUAAACAGCUUUUUAUAGUUUUGUCAAUCAUUAUAUAAAAAUUUACAAAAGUGUAUCAUGUAACAUAUUUAGACGUUGGCACAUCUUUGUUCUUUUUAGACGACGUGUCUCUAUCUAUGUAUUAAUCCAUCUAUACUUUCGAAAGCAGAAAAAAGAAAAUGCUUCACACGUUUAGUUUAGUAUUUAAAAAACACGUACACGUCGGCCUUGAUAUAAUUUUUAAUAUAACGUACAUACCUACAUACCUGUAAAUGAAAAUGCUAAAACGAAGCUUGGGAGAAUGCAAC